UGUCAAUCAGUGUUGCUUCCUAAGUGGACAGUUUGAUUUCACAGAAGUGUGAUUGACUUGGAGUUACAUUGUGUUGUUUAAGUGUUCCCUCUAUUUUUUUGAGCAGUGUAUUUGAUAUGACAUUGUCUUCCCCUUAAGUUAGUUACUGCAAAAUAGGGGUCUUCACUCUUCCCUUUACAAUUGUGUUGGAUUUUAUGAAAUGUCUGAUGUUCUAAUUUAUAUCAAUUUUCAGUGAAUGAAUGUUAAUGUACAUUCUAAAUUUACCUCAACCCUGAGCUGCUCACUGUCUUAGUCAAACAUCCAAAAUCCACAAUGUUUCUACUUGAUUGGGCAACAAACUUUGUCAGAUUUGUCUUAACUAUUUUCAUGAAAAUGAAUAAAUAAAUAAAUGGAGAUUAACCCUACACGGUGAUACAACUACAGAAUUAGCUAAAUGAUUAAAAUUACCAUAGUUCCACUACCAUCUCUCUACCUGUGGAAUAUUUCCAGUUGUUUUUGCUUUUAUGCUACUACAGUUUCUCAUGCUUGGUGAGAUGCCUGCAGGAAAGGAAGAGAGAGGGCAGGGCUGGAAUAUUGUUCUGCAUUCCACCUCUGUCAGAAAUGACCCCAAAAUUCCUAGACAUAGCCAAGGAUCCUUGCAGUUAGGAGAAACCAAUAGCCUUCCUGUUUCUCGGCCUGAUGUCAUAACACACCACCUGACAGGAGCCAUGCCAAUCCAAGAGCUGUCUAGGAAACGGAAGGGGGAUCUAGACAACAGGGAAGAUGGUGAUGCUGAAAUAGAGGAGGAACAGAGCAGAUCGGAAGACGAUGAUCAACAGGUGAAAAUAAAAUGCUUCAGGGAGCCACACAGCCAAAUUGAAAAGCGGCGGAGGGACAAAAUGAACACCCUUAUCGACGAGCUGUCAGCCAUGAUCCCCUCCUGUAACCCCAUGGCCAGAAAGCUUGACAAACUCACUGUGCUGCGAAUGGCUGUGCAGCACCUCAAAGCCCUGAAAGCAGGUGCUAGCAGUUCCUUUACUGACGUUAACUACAAACGCAAGCCUUCGUUUCUGCCUCAGGAUGAUCUCAAGCACCUGGUGCUCACGGCUGCAGAUGGGUUCCUGUUCGUGGUGAGUUGUGACAGGGGGAAGAUCCUCUUUACCUCAGAAUCCGUCUCCAAGUUCCUCAACUACAGUCGGUUGGAACUAAUUGGACAGAGUCUUUUUGAUUAUGUCCACCCGAAGGACAUUAGUAAAGUGAAAGAGCAGCUGUCAGCCUCAGGAUUAUACCCUCGCGAACGGCUCAUAGAUGCCAAAACAGGGUUACAGGUGCAGGACCUUCCUGUGGGAGCAGUUCAACUGUGUACAGGGGCACGGCGCUCCUUCUUCUGCCGCAUGAAGCACAGCAGAACAGUUAUGAAGACAGAAGACAAAACCAUCCAGCCCAGCAGCUCUAAGAAAAAGGAGUCUCAACGAUACUGCACUGUCCAUUGCACUGGUUACAUGCGGAGUUGGCCUUCCACCCAGCUGGAUGCUGAGAGCGACGAUAACGAGUUCUCCCAUCUGUCCUGCUUGGUCGCUGUGUGCCGCGUUCACCCUAACAAUGCCUGUCAGCCCUCACUAGAGGUCAAGGUCAAACCCACCCAGUUUGUCACUCGCUUUGCAAUUGACGGCAAGUUCACCUUCGUGGACCAACAAGCCACUACUGUUCUGGGCUACUUGCCACAGGAACUACUGGGGACAUCUUGUUACGAGUACUUCCACCAGGACGACCUGCAACACCUCGCAGAGACACACAGGAAAGUUCUCCGCAGUAAAGAGAAGAUUGAGACCAGCUGCUACAAGUUCAAAACAAAACAUGGCUCCUUCGUCAAGCUUCAAAGUCAGUGGUUUAGUUUUAUAAACCCGUGGACCAAAGAAAUUGAGUUUAUUGUGUCAACAAACCGAGUUUUGGGACCCGGUCACACAGAAGCUGAACAGCCGAGCAGCUCCAAGCUGUUGGACGAAGAGAGCAAACGUACUAUCCUUAUCCCUGGCAUCUCCAGUGGCAUGGCCACUAUGAUCUACGCUGGCAGCAUAGGGACCCAGAUAGCAAACGAGCUCUUGGACUCCAACAGGGUCAAUUGUUCUCCAUCCAGUGGAACCUCCAGUCCCUUCUGUCCACCUCAGGACAGGUCUCCAAUGGUCUCCUCUCAUGCCAACAUGCCAAAUGAGGAGGUGACUGACUCAGAUACAGUGAGCAAGCCUAGAUUACAGUCUGCUUCAAAGGGGGCCACAUACGCUGGCAGCAACACACAUAUGGACACAGCCCGUUCUCCCCCAGGAGAGAGCUCCCAGAUGGACCUGGACAGCAUGGUGGGACCAGGCCUCGGUAUCCUGAGCAACGAUGAGGCUGCCAUGGCCGUCAUCAUGAGCCUGCUGGAGACUGAUGCCAACCUGGGGGACGCAGUAGACUUUGACAACAUGCACUGGUCUCACUAGUAGAGAUUCAAAUGCCAUGAAUUCAGGAAAAUAAUUUAGAUUCCAAUUCAAGAAUUGAAAAAUGAUAUUUAUUCUUAUCUACAUUACUUGAUUUAUUUAUUUAAGCAUUUUCAAAGAGGAUUUCAUUCAAUUUAUGAAUUGGGAUUUCAAUUCAUGACCAGAAUUGAAAUGGAAUUGACCCCCAACUCCAUCAGUCAUAAACUCUGUAGUUUAUGGUUAGACAAACUACAUCCAGGGACAAUUUUCAUGUGCUCCGCUACCAAGGAAACAGAUCUAUGUGCUUCUGAGGACUUCUACAGCUCUCUGUUUAAGUUUCAGCAAGAGAAAUCUAGCCUGCGCUAAAACCAGCAAACUCUUUGGUGGCUUACACAGCUGGUUCAAUUGGUGGGGAUUUUUUUGAUCAAUGUUUCAAUGUAACUGAAUGUGUACUAAAACCACCCGAGUUUGCCUAUAUCUGGGGGGUCACGGAUCGAUAGCAGUUCGGUACUCUUGGGGUUCCCGCCGGUGUGAAAGUGAUCAACUCAAAUUCCAAGGUAGUGGACGGAGGCAUAGGUUAAUCAAUUGCAAAGUAUAUUAACACUGAUCACUUGUGUGAAUAACUUGAAAUGAAAACAUUACAAACGUGUCUUCACUCAAAUUGUCAUUGUCUGUUAUUACAAAGUGAAAUUGUAUAUUGUUCUGUCUUUUUGCUCUUGCAUUGUAGGCUUCUGUGUAGGUGUCUAUUGUAAAGACAGCAGCACUCCUUUUUCUGAAGUCACUCAAGAGGUAGAGCCGCUUCUCUUGAAAUUAUUUCAUUUACACUGAAACAGAACACCCUGAAGAUGCACCUGCAGGGAUGUAAUGGAGGCUAAACGCACAGAACACCUUUUAGUUUGGGAAAAGCAUUUACACAUUUAUUCCGCAGCGUUGGCUUUGUUAGCAAUAGCGUGUGCGUUGCCUAUCCUAGAGGAACACAAUGGAAAUAAGCUCUCAGGCUUUAUUAUGUUUUGUCCUCAAUGGUUUUAAAUAUCUGUUCUUCAACUUUUGAAUGAUAAAAUAAAAUACUCACUGCCCGUCAUCACAA